CAUUUCUGCAAUGAGUAAACGUAAACUGAAGGAGACUAGCAGUGCAAAUGGAGAAUGCAUUUCACAGGUACAAAGAAUUUUACGUGAACGAUUCUGUCACCACUGUACAACUGGAAAGCUGUUUGGAAUUGAUCAGCAAUACAAACAUCUGCUGGAACUGCUGAAACGCACCACCCUUCAUGGAGAAAGUAAUUCUGCUCUCAUUAUUGGACCUCGAGGAUCAGGAAAGACUACGUUGUUAAAUCAUGUCUUAAAAGAGCUCAUGGAAAUAAAACAAAUUAGAGAGAACCUCUUGAAAGUCCACCUGAAUGGGCUUUUGCAGACUAAUGAUAAAGUGGCCCUGAAGGAGAUCACCAGACAGUUACACCUGGAAAAUGUGGUUGGGGAUAAAGUUUUUGGCAGUUUUGCUGAAAAUCUUGUGUUCCUUCUUGAAGCUUUAAGGAAAGGUGAUCGAACCAGCAGUUGUCCGGUCUUGUUUGUACUGGAUGAAUUUGACUUGUUUGUUCAUCACAAGAAUCAGACACUGCUCUAUAACCUCUUCGAUAUAUCCCAGUCUGCACAGACUCCCGUAACAGUUAUUGGACUUACAUGCAGACAAGAUGUCCUGGAACUCUUGGAGAAGAGAGUAAAAUCAAGGUUCUCCCAUCGGCAGAUAUAUUUGAUGAAUUCCUUUGAUUUUAAACAAUACAUUAAAAUAUUCAAAGAACAGCUGUCUCUUCCUGCUGAAUUUCCUGAUGAGGCCUUUGCUCAAAAGUGGAAUAAUAACAUUCAGCAUCUCUCAGAAGAUAAAACCGUGCAGGACCUACUGCAAAACCUGUUCCACCAUAGCAAAGACAUCCGCUCGCUGCAUUUGCUGUUGAUGCUUGCCUUGAGAAACGUCACCGUGCAUCACCCCCUGGUGGCCGUGGCCGACCUCCUCGAGGCGAGCAAGCAGCGGAGCGUCGACUCGCAGGCCAACAUCGUGCACGGUUUGUCUGUCCUGGAAACUUGCCUCAUUAUAGCUAUGAAACACUUAAAUGAUGUUUAUGAAGGAGAACCAUUUAACUUCCAGAUGGUUUACAAUGAAUUUCAGAAGUUCAUCCAGAGGAAGGCCCAUUGUAUGUACAACUUUGAGAAGCCAGUCGUCAUGAAGGCAUUUGAGCACUUACUGCAACUGGAAUUAGUAAAACCUGUAGAGAGACCCACGGUACGUGCUCAGAAAGAGUAUUUACUAAUGAAACUGCUCUUGGACAACAAUCAAAUCAUGGAUGCGCUGCAGGCGUAUCCAAACUGCCCCACGGACGUGAAGCAGUGGGCAACGUCGUCCCUUAGCUGGCUGUGAGCUCUUUGGAACUAAUACAAUCACUUUCUACGUCAAAAUUUUUGGAAUUAGCUCUAGAAACACUUCCCUACAGGGAGUGUUCCAGGUAAAAAAUUUUUGAAAGAAUGAGUGGAAAGUUUCUGCUUUGCUGCUUGAGUGGGAUCUGAGGAGAACUUUAAGGCUGUUAUCAUCUACUUGCUAUGAACUAACUGAACUCAGCCUAGCUCAGCUUAGCACAAACUUUCCCUCACUUGGUUUUGACUUCAGAGAAAUCAGAGCAACUCCCUGAGUUUCUUCAUCUCAAAUCAAGCCCCAUGUAGUUGCUGCCCUUGUGGCCCUGCAAAAGGCUGGGGGCUUGUGCUGCAACCUCAGUGUGGUCUCUCUGCAGCAUGGGGCCAUUUCUAAUGCAAUUCAAAGCUGCUGCGUGGAGUUGUUGUUUAGUUAGUUCUUUGUUAGUUUUAAAUGUUACCUCCACCUCUUGAAAAGACUAGAGAUACUUUGAAAAGCAGCAAAGUAGUAAUGUAACAGGUAGAGCUGGGGCGGCUCCCUGCUUGCACAGCUCUGUAACCUCUGUAAGAUGAGGGGAGCCUCCUCUGGAUGCACAUUAACCUGUCAGAGCAAAUUUCC